GGUCCAUUUCAUGUGGAUGAAAAGUUUAUUAUUAAAGGCUAUAUAUGCGUGAACAGAGAUGAAGUUGAACGUGUUAUUGGUGUGUGUGAUUCUGGGGCUGGUGGGGAGAAGCUGGCAACAAGAUGCGGAGGACAGAGGUUGUGAUAUUGAUAUCGGCAUACAUAGCGGGUUUAACGAGAUAUCUGAGGACAGUGAGGCGGGUAGCGGGCAUGACGGUUCCGGUACGUUAAUUCCCGAGGGGUGCUCCGAGGGUGAGAUCACAUGGCACUACCCCCGAGGAACGAUAAAUGUGACAUUCACGCGCACUGCCCUAGGCGACCAGGCGCGUAACCGCAGGGUGGCGCUGAAAGUGUGUCUGACUGACGGCAUUGGCGACGGCGUCACGGCCAUAAGGGACGUCGGCAGACGCCGUGGUGGCCCGCUUGAAGAUGAACAGACAGAAAACGGAGAAAAUUGGGCCUGUGCAGAGCCGAGCAGACGACGUGUGACAAUUUCGUUCGUGGCAGAUGGAGAAAUGUUCUAUAUGAAGAGUUACUUCUACAAAGUUGAAGCCUCGACAGUAGGUGGACACGGAGGCGGUAGAAAUGGAGGCGGUAGGCAGGGCGGCAGAAACCGAGGUGGUAGACGGGGCGGCAGGAACCGAGGCGGCGGACGGGGCGGUCUUCGACGGCGCAACAACCGAAAUCGCGAGAGGCAGAACGGACAUGAAGAGGUAGACACGGACCCAAGGCGCCCAGUUCAUCUGCCCGCGAGAGGAAUAAAUAGGCCAAGGCCAGUUCUUGAGCCCCAGACUAUGGAUUAAACAAGAACUCUUACUGUAUUGAAUCAUUAUACGUUAAACGUAACAUUACGCGUCUUAAAAACGGUUCUUUAGUGACCUAACUGUAUUGCUUCCGUUUAAAUAAGUGAAGAAACGGAAGAAGGAACAACUAACUAUAGGACUGAUUUGGUUCCGGUUUAGUAUAUUCACUUUCUUUAGACAUUUCAUACUUUCUGUGUUAUUGUUAUUUAUGUAAACUGUAUUUUAAAGGCCUUUUUAUAUAAAAUAUAUAAAAACAUAAAUGUGUUACUACAAAUUAA